CCCCUUCUUAAAAAGAUUUUACCCACUGUGCUGCUUUGGGGAACUAGAUCAGCACGAGGCGGAGCUCUGAUCACGUGGAUCUGUCCAAGUGAAGAAAAACAGUGAGAAACAGUCAGAGGCUGAUCACAGGAGAGUCGCAGUACAGGCAUGGCUGUGUUCGAGCACUGCUCCGUGCUGUUUGAGCUCAAGGGUCUGCCUUUCAAAGACAAGAAGAAGAUCAAGUACGCUGUGACCGAUAAUGGAGGAAACAUGACUUUUGUGGUCAAUAAACAGUGCUCUUUGGUUGUGGCCAGCGGUGUGUCCAGUCUGAGUCCCAGCAGACUUCGUAACAUUGUGAAACAUCAGAUCCCUGUGGUUGGAGUGGACUAUGUGCACCGCUGCCUGGAGGCAAACUGUCGACUGCCAGUGGAGGAUUUUACGUUGGACAUUUCCACUUCAGAAAAUUCUCUUCCUAAUGUAUAUAAAGACAAAUGGUCCCAGAGUAAAGAUACUACUCCCACAUCCCAGACAAUACCUUUGCAACUUUUCAAUGUAUCGCAAAGGGCAGAGUCUCCACAGGACAGAGGAAGGAUCAUUAAAAACAAAUAUAGAGUAUACGCUGAAACAGACCAUGGUCUGCCCAAAUUUCCUGAGAACUUUCAAGUGGCCAAAUACUCAAUCUUUCAAAAGCCUAACAGCCAUUGUUGGUAUUUGCUGGAGCUGCAGAGUGCUAAAAGUGACAGAGGGAGGCAGUACCGUGUUGUGACUUACAGGAAGGAUGACAUUCAAUCUAAGGGGGCAGCUGUGAGGGACCAGAUAUAUUUUCUGUCCACAUCAGAAGAGGCCACGGAGGUGUUCCAGGACCUUACAGAGUGCAUGAAGGCUGAAGGUCUGAAGCAACAGAGAGAUUUUUGUCCUCAAGAGAUGGGAUCUACUCCACUACAGCAGCUGCUGCUGGAGGAGAAGCUGAACACAGGGACGCUGUCUCCAGAGGUGGGGCUGUUUGUGGAGCUGCUGUGGCAGGAGGCUCUGGGCUGCAUCAACCGCAUCCUCAAAACUCCAGUUCACAAGAUCAGUCUGAACGAUGUGACCAGGGCAGAAGGACUCUUACUACAGGUUCAAAGAAAAAUAACUGAACAUAAAUUGGAAGAGGCAAGCACCCUCUGGUUUGAGUACUGUGCUCUUAUCCCCAAACAAUUUGACACAAGAAUGGAUUUAAAUCAGUCUUCAGUCUCUAAAGAGCUCGACCUUUGCCAGUUAAUUAGAGACAUUUUGAACGUCAGUGAAAUGACUUUAGGAAGUACAGUACUGUCCAGUGUAGGUAAAUACCGGGCGCUGAGAUGUGGUAUUGAAGCAGUUCCCCCUGAUAGCUCAGAGUUCGAAGCUGUGACUUCUCUGCUUCGAUGCAGUAAAAUACAAGUCCAUCAGAUUUUGCGUGUGAACAGAGCACCGGAGCUCCAAAAUUUUAAGAGUGAACUUGGAAACAUCAAAUCUCUGCUACAUUCAUCCAAGCCUCAAAACUUUGUAGGAAUUCUCUCUCGUGGCCUCCUCAUGCCUCAUGUUGCCGUGGCCCAGCAUGGCAUAAAAAGAACUGAUGCUGGUAAUCUUGGCUGUGGGAUCUACUUCACUGAUGACAUCAAAACUACUCUGAAAUAUUCCGAGUGCAGUUCUACAGAUGGAUCUCGAUUGAUGCUGGUUUGUGAUGUAGCGUUGGGCCGGUGCAAGGACUUCGUCAAGAAAGAUAUAACUCUUACUCAGGCUCCUGAGGGUCACGACAGUGUGUAUGGGGUUCAAAACAAACCUGGUCUUCAGUCUGAAUUCACGGAUAAUGAAUACGUGGUGUACAGUACUGAUCAGGUGAAACUUCAGUAUGUGGUGAGAUUAAGCAUGGAGGGUGAGGACCUGAAAAACGUCACUCCUGAGAUUGUUGGACCAGAGGAGCCAAGUCUGCCCUCUCCCGAAGAAGGGAUAGGCACAGUUGAGGAUGGCAUCAGUGAUAUAAAAAAUCCAUUUGAAAAUGUCACUGCUGGACUUUUGAAUAGUUCUGGACAACAGAUACCACUGCAGGCUGUUCACAUCAAAUGUAAACUUAUGGACUUGCUUGCUCAGGUCAUCAUCUUUCAGAAAUACACUAAUGAGAGCCUCGUGCCCAUUGAGGCCAAGUAUGUUUUUCCACUGGAUGACUCUGCGGCAGUAUCUGGAUUUGAAGCAUUCAUCAAUGGCAAACAUGUGGUGGGACAAGUAAAAGAGAAGGAAACUGCUCGAAGAGAGUACAAACAGGCGAUUGAGAAAGGCCACGGAGCCUACCUGAUGGACCAGGAUGCCCCUGAAGUGUUUACUAUAAGUGUGGGUAAUCUGCCUCCUGGUGCCACAGUCUUGAUUAAAGUUACCUUUGUGUCUGAACUGAUCGUUAAAGAUGGGAGUGUCUUCUUCUCUUUGCCUAGCAGUGUUGCUCCAUGGCAGGAGAGCGCAGCACUCAACCAGACCACGCAGGUGACUGUAGAAAAAGUCUGUGUCACUGAUGAACGCGCUAAUACAAGAGAAUUUAAUCUUGACAUGUCAAUUGAAAUGCCUCGUGAAAUUACUGAAGUAAAAUGUACCACUCAUAAAGUCAAAAUAAAGAAAACUGACUGUAAGGCAGUGGUAAGUGUGUUGCCCGGAGAAGUUAUGGGACCAGAAGGUUUUCAGCUCCUGGUCACUCUGACUGAGGUCCACGUGCCUAGGAUGUGGGUCGAGAAACAUCCCAGCAAAGACAGCCAGGCUUGUAUGCUGGUUUUUUACCCAAAAUUUGAGGCCCCUUCUUGUAUCACCUCAGAUGAAGUUGUGCUAUUGCUGGAUGCCUCUCAGUCUAUGAAAGGAGAGUCCUUGAACACAGCACAAAUGCUUGCUCUGCAGAUUCUAAAAACCCUCGAACAGAAUGUCCAACUCAAUGUAAUUUUCUUUGGCACCGAUCACACAGAGGCUUUUCUGUCUGCCAGACCAAUUGUUGAAGCUCGCCAUGAAGCAAAAAAUUUCAUUAAGCACUUCUCAUCAGCCGGGGGCAGCACUGAGCUGUGGAGGCCCUUGCUUGCCAUGAGUCUGCUGCCUCCUACCAGAGGUACGAGGAACCUGCUUCUGCUGUCUGAUGGUCACAUCCAAAACCCGGAGCUCACACUGCAGCUGAUCCGAGAGAACAGCACACACAGUCGCCUCUUCACCUGCGGACUGAGUCCAACAGCUAACCGGCACAUGCUGAGGGCUCUGGCUCAGGCUGGAGGUGGAGCCUAUGAAUUCUUUGACACCAAAUCCAAACAUACCUGGUCAGAAAAGGUGACCUCUCAGAUUAAGCGUAUGCUAGCACCAGGGGCAAGAUCUGUGUCAGUGAAAUGGCAACAGUUUAACCCAAAUGCACCCCCUCCUGUGCAAGCCCCAAAACAGCUCCACGCCCUGUUUAAUGACUGCCACACUUUGGUGUUCGGCUUUGUCCCACACUGCACUCAGGCCACACUCCUUGGUAACCUUAGUGGAGAGGAGAUUAAAACUAUGGUGUCGACAAGUGAGCUGCAAAAGACAAAGGGCACUUUCCUUCACAAACUUACUGCAAGAGCUAUUAUUAGGGAUUUUGAAGAUGGCAGCCUCGAUUCAAAUGCAGUUCUUCAUGAGGAAAAGAAAGCUGAGCUCAAGUCAUUUGUCAUUGAGAUGAGUAAAGAGUUCUCCAUCCUCUCUCAGUUCACCAGUUUUGUGGCCAUAGAGGAAAGAGGCUCAGAAGAAGAGAGAGGUUUCACAGACAUACCCAAACUAAUUGCUGAGGAAGAUGUCGAUUUCUUGCCCUACAUGAGCUGGGCUGAGGAAAAGCAAAAAGUUGCAAGUUCCUCUUCUUCGGGAAGCGAGACAUCUUCUCUUGGUAGUGAUGAGAGAACACUUUAUGAGGAUAUGGAAGAUGAACUUGCCUUGUUCUGUUCUAUCAGUGAUGCUGAGUCAUUGCCAGACUUAAUUCUUGAAACUGCUGAUCUUGAAAUAGGACCACCUAACUCAUUAAAAAAGGUCAGGUGUUUUGAUAAAGGCUUUGGAGGUGCAUCUCUUCGCAAGAUGGAGGAGAAGAACAAGCUAGUGAACACCAGUGCUAGUAGUCUUCUUGGUUCUAUUUCAAGCAGACCAGAGAGAAUGUCCCUUGAAGAGAAGGCACAAGGAGAUUUGCUUCCAGAAGAUUUUGCUAUGCUCACUCCACUUGAUCUAAGUUCUUCUCAUGUUGGCCUAGCAGGUCCACCUGCUGUACCAACUACUGCUGAUUACUCUUCACCAGUGUUACACCAAAGGGCAAUGUCAACUCCAGCACUUCUUAGCCUUCAGUGUUGGAGCCAGCCACCACCGCCAUGCUGUACACCGUUCAAUUAUGCCCAGGAUUAUACCGUAUUCCAAAAUUGUUUCCUUGCCACAGGGCUACCCCGCUUUGCACAUGUUCAUGAACUUUCCUCCCCUGUUUUUAGAUCUAUCCAUCCAUCCAUCCAUCCAUUUUCGUCCGCUUAUCCGGGGCCGGGUCGCGGGGGGAGCAGCCUAAGCAGGGACUCCCAGACUUCCUUCACCCCAGACACGUCCUCCAGCUCCUCCAGGGGGGACCCCGAGGCGUUCCCAGGCCAGCCGAGAGACAUAGUCCCUCCAGCGUUAUCUAGUAAAUUAGAAAUGGUUCAUCUACAGGGGUCCUCAUUGCCUCCCCCUCCCCCAAUCCUAAAACCCCCCACUGCCAUAGGAGCACCCCUUCUGCCACUUUCUCCUAAAGGUUUGUCCGAGCCAAAUGAAUCAGAUAGAAAAGAGCAUUGUUCAGAGAGCUUUACUUUUGGUCAACAGGCACAUCCACCACCUCUCCUUGCCCCAGUCCAAAAACCUUCCUACAGGAUUCCUACAGAAUUACCCAUCAUGGCCUGCCCACUUCCUGAUGAUUACUCCAGUUCAUAUGGAUCAGCUAGUGUAAUGGCCACACAGGCUAUAAAAUUCAGUAAUGAUGUGUCUUUAGAGAGCAGCUUUACUUUGGGUCAACAGCAGCCACUCCCAGCACCUCCCCUUACCAAGGUCCAAAAACCCUCCCUUGCCACAAGAGUACGCCCUCCACCACGUUUCACCGCUAAAUUUUCAUUUGCUGAUUAUGAAGAAGAGAGUUUCAAUACCAGCUGUACUUUUAGUCUCGACACUGCCCAAAGAGAACAAUGUCUGGCACCUCCAAUAACCCUGGAUUCAGUGACCAUUGCUGGUGAACAGCAAACAACUGCCGGCAAGAUGAAAAAUAAAAUGAAAAAAGAAAAAAAGUUCAUCCUGCUUCUUAUGAGUAUGCCUCAUUUGAGGUGGAGAGGACAGAUGAAUUUAAAAUACACUUGCAUGUCAAAAUGGCAAAUAAUAUUCAGUUUGCAACACUCGGAAGGUUACUGGGAAUUGACAAUACAACUCGGUAAGCUUUUGAACUGCGACAUUUCCCGUUUUGCCUGUGAUUUCCUAAAAAGAAAGGGCAUUUCCUCACUAGGAUUGAAGGCCCAUGCAGACAUCCUGAAAUUACUGGCAACUCUACUGGUUUUGCAACUGAUGAGACUGGAAAACAUUCCAGUAGGAAAAAUGCUGCGUACUCUCUUUUGCCUGGAGGACAGCUUGUGCAGGCCUGACCACUGGGAGGCAGUAAACAGAGCAGUGAAGUGGGUUUGUUGGGCUGAUCGACAGUACCCCUGUGUCUACAGCCGCCUGGAAUUUGGUCUUAGCUGGGACUCCUCCACAAAACAGCUGCUUGGGGCAGAAAGGAUCCUUCAUUGUUCCCCUCUGACAGGACUUAACCUGAACCCCACCCCAUACCAAGGGCCAAUAAUGCUUUGAUUGAUUGAUUGUAUUUAAGUGACCUCCAUUCGCUAUCAGCUAUUCUUCCUGGAGACCCAUGUACCAUGUUUUGGGUUGAUGGGAGAAACCGGAGUGUCCGGAGGAUACCCAUCCAGACACGGGGAGAAACAUGCAGAAAGGCCCGGGUACCCCAGGGAUCAAACCUGGAAUCUUCUUGCUGUGAGGGGUGUCAAACUCAAAUUCACAGAAUUGAAUAAAUAAUUAUCAAUCAUAUUUGAUAUGAUCUCGUGGGCCAGAUAUAAUUAUAUUACGGGCCAAAUUUAGCUCACAGGCCUGAGUUUGACAUGUCUGAAUAAGGCAAAAUGGGGGGAGACUAAAAUUAAAAUAUUGGUAAAAAUGCUGAUAUGUUGGACUAUAGCUAAAUCUUGGGUCUAGUAGUCACUAAAAUAAGGAAUUAUCAGGUUGAACCUGUUUUUCUUCAUUUUAAAAUACAAUCUGACAUUAUUUUGAGUUGUGCUGAAUGACCUUAAGCUCAUAGAUGAUACAGGGUAUUCACUUUUUGAGAGUAUAUGGGACUUGCAAGUGUUUCUUAAAUAUAAUAUUGAGGUGGACGGCUUAAGGAAAAUGUGUUUAGAGGUUGAUUAUAUUAAUUUGAUCAUAUCAUUUUUGUGCCUCUUAAAGCCUGGAUUGACAAGGUUGUCUCAGAGAGGAACCCAUCAAAAUGAUAUGAAGCCAAAUAAAUGCUAUGGUUCAAAAGGCUUAAUUAGAUAACUGUCAUAUUCUUCAUUAAAUAUUAGCAUCAUUUUUAGUGUAUUAGUGACAAAAAAAAAAUAUAGUACAUAUAAGUUGUUGUGUAGUAUAUCCAGUAUAGUUGUUGUCUUUUCUGUAUAAUUAAAGUAACCCUUUGUUCUUGA